GCCUAUUAUGUUUCAUAUCCUUGAACUAAUUCUGUGAUGUCACAAUCCGUGGCUAGACAAAAUUCGCUGAUUGCAAGAUUUGCUAAUCAUAUAAUGAUUGUAUCCACAUACAUAAAAUGUCGCAUAUUUCUGUUAUGAAUUAACUUGUAAUAAUUGCCAAUCUUCCUAUUAAGAAAAUGUCACGGAAGAACACAUCAACAUGGGGACGACAGUUUUGUCCAUCUCAUCCAAAUGUUCCAUUAGUGGAGGAUUACAGGGCAGGUGACACAGUUUGCCCAGAAUGUGGACUUGUGGUUGGUGACAGGGUUAUCGAUGUUGGCUCAGAAUGGAGAACAUUUGCAGACGACACUGGUGACGAUCCCAGCAGAGUUGGAGCCGCAGAGAAUCCUCUUCUUUCUGGCGACCUUACUACAUCUAUACUGUCCACAGGAAACAACUAUGAGAUGCAGCGCUUGUCAAAUCGUAUUUUAUCUUCAGGAAAUGACAGAGCUCUUGUUCAGGCCUUUGGAGAAAUAAGAUUGAUGGCUAAUAGACUCAAUGCAUCUCAAGCUAUAAUUGACAGAGCAAACACUUUAUUUAAGAAUAUGACUGAUACUAAAGCACUGAGAGGUCGAUCUACAGAAGCAAAUUGUGCUGCCUGUUUGUAUAUUGCCUGCAACCAAGAGGGGGCAACAAGAACUUUCAAAGAAAUUUGUGCUGUUUGUACUGUCAGCAAAAAGCAAAUAGGAAAGUCUUUUAAAUUGAUAUUGAGGGCACUAAAUACCAGUGUGGAAAUUAUAAAAACUGGCGAUUUCAUGUCAAGAUUUUGUUCAAAUCUGGAGCUCGAACACAAAGCACAAAAUAUUGCUACUCAUGUUGCUAGGCAAGCUGUUGAUUUGGAUAUAGUGGCAGGAAAAGUCCCAGUAACUGUUGCUGCAGCUGCUAUAUAUUUUACCUGCCUUGCCAUGGAUGUUGACAAAUCGGCAAAGGAAAUUGGUGAUGUGGCUGGAGUGGCAGAAACCACAAUAAAACAGACAUUCAGGGCAAUGUUUCCUUCUAGGGACAAACUAUUUCCUCCAGAUUUUGUACCCAAAGUAAAUUUAGAUAACAUAUCUGGUGCCAAGUGAAACUUUGUUCCUUGCAACAAUUAUAACUUUAAAUGAGCAUUUAUUAAAAGAUCCCUGUUUUGGAGUUCACAUCCAUCUUGAAGUUAAAACCUUCCUUUAUCUUGAAUCUAAGUUUGUCGCUGAUAUAGCUCCCAUUUACAUGUCUAUACUUAAAUGCUCGGCUUCAUUUAAUUUCAGCUGCUCAGCGUGAUCCAUUCCCAAUCGUUAUUACAUAUUAUCAGAGUAUUAUAUGUUUUUUAAUUUUGUUAUUGUAUUUUAUGAUAUUUCGCUUAUUUGACUCACAAAUUAGCUGAUAUCUCUAUUUUUUCAACUAAUCUUCAA